AAUAGCUCGCGCUUUAAAAGUGCAAAUGGAGGUGCAGAGGAAACUUCAUGAACAAAUUGAGGUACAAAAACAUUUACAACAGAGAAUUGAAGCUCAAGGAAAGUAUUUACAAUCAGUUUUGAUGAAAGCACAGGAAACACUUGCAAGAUAUGGUUCUUCUGAUGAACUUGCCAAAGCUGAACUCUCUCAAUCCGUUUCGAUGCUUAACAAAUGUUGUCCAAGUUCUUCACUGUCAGCAAUAACUAAAAUCGAUGGCUCAAUCUUAAAAGAUACAGACAGAAAUUCUCCAAGUUCUUCAAUGUCAACAUUAACUAAAAUUGAUGAUUCAAUCACAAAAGAGGUAGGCACAUGGAAGAGAAAUUCUAGUAUUCUGUCACUGAUGGAUAUGAAUCCAGGGAAUGGAAGUGGCUCGAACGCUGAAGCAAAAAUAAAUAAGAGGAGCAGAACCAAUAUUUGGACUGAACAACCAUCUGGAAAAAUACGUGACACUCAGAGAACUAAUGAGCAGUUCGCAUCUGGUCCAGAAGUAAUAGACUUUAUUAGCAGAUGCUUCUAAGCUUAUGAUUUGCCAUAAAAUUACUGAUUACUACAACUAGUACGUUGUUUUAUAGAGUGGGGGAAUAAAGUAGUCUAAUUGUAGCGAUUGGUGUGUAUGGACUAAACGUUUAUGCGACGGACAAUAUUGUUAAAAGUUUCCUCAGUAGUAACA